UGUUACACUGGUGGCAGUGGUGGGAUUGAAUUGUUUCCAGAGAUUUGAGCCAGAACUAGAGAAUUUACAAGAUGGACAAGAUGGAACCAGAGGCAGGUCUUCCUUAUCCAAGAGAUGGAGACGAGUCUGACAUGGAGAACACAGUGUUCCUGAAACCAGAGUCAGCUGAAGUGGAAAAUCCUGGAGCUGAAGAUGAAACUUUACCUGUGCAACAAGAUGGAGAACCAUUGUCUGAUCAACCAGCGGAUCAACUUGGUGUAGGCGCAAGAGCUAAAGAACCGAAGCUGGAUUCUGAAAUGAGCAUUUUUCCUGGCAUACAAAGUACAGGCUACUGGACAGGAGGAGACUUAGAUAAUAUGGGAACUCCGGCACAUCCCAUGAUUCGAGAUAGAAGGAAUCCUCCCCCAAGACCACGUUUCCCAUUGACAUCAACUAUCAUUAAUCGGCCCUCAGACAAAGUUCAAGCAGCCGAAGAGAUGAGACAAGAACUAACUAUGAUUGAGGGACAGCUCAAAGGGAAGAUGUCUGUGUUAGGUGACAUUGCGGAUACACAACAGAAACAGUUGAAUGCCAUAACAACAACACAACAAAUACAGACCAGUAGUAUGUCCCAAAUAGUGGAACACCUUGCAGAGAGCAAGAAUAUUCAACAAGGCAGUGAGCAACAGCAUGAGAGGCGACUACAAGAGAUUGCGGGAAUACAAGAUCGCCGCUUACAAGAGAUGCAACAUCGCAUGGAAUCUUUCCAGAAGACUAUUGGUGAGUCUAUUGACAAGUUGCACUCUACUUGA